AUUAAAGAAAGGAAUCCAUGAAUUCAAAUGGAAACCAACAGGAACCGAGAGGCUGAGAAAAUGAUCGAAUCGGUGGUUAAAAUAUAGCCCGAUGGCACAUUUCGAGAGUUUUUAUACGGGAUGCGUUUCGCUUUUAGACUAAUUUCUGCGAUGGAGGAGUAACACAGGACGGGGGUUUUUAUUUUUUUUUAUUUUUUUUAAAAGCAAGAGACCGUUUUAGGGCCAAGGGGGAGGGGGGAGAGUUGCUUCUUUGCUCUCCUUUUUCUUUUUUUUUGUUUUAUGAACAUUAUUUUUGUAAAGCUUCCUGUGUGCUUUUGUGGGAAAUGUCCACAUAGAGAGACUCUCUUUUCUUCGCUCCACACGGGGAGGUUGUUGAAUUAACUCUCCUGUAGCCAAAUGUUGCAAAAAAUUAUUUAAGACCUGCACAUCUCCUUUUUUUUUUUUUUUUUUUUUUUUUUUCUUCUUUUUUUUUUUGGAUUCCCUUUGAAUUGUAUCUUCAUUUUCCCUGGACGUGAAAUGAUGGAGAGUUGGACAUAUCAGUGAAGAAAGGAUGAGUUCUUGUUAUGUACCAAACGGGGCCAGCUUGGAGGAUUGCCAUUCCAAUCUAUUCUGUCUGGCUGACUUGACAGGGAUCAAAUGGAAGAGGUUUGUGUGGCAGGGUCCCACCUCUGCACCCAUCCUCUUCCCGGUAACAGAAGAGGACCCCAUCCUGUGCAGCUUCAGCCGCUGCCUGAAGGCCGACGUGCUCAGCGUAUGGCGGCGCAGCCAGCGGCCGGGCCGGAGGGAGCUUUGGCUGUUCUGGUGGGGGGACGACCCGAACUUUGCAGAUCUCAUCCACCAUGAGCUUGCAGCCGAGGAUGACGGCCUGUGGGAGAACGGCCUUUCCUACGAAUGUCGCACGCUCCUCUUCAAAGCCAUCCACAACCUGCUGGAGCGCUGCCUCAUGAACCGCAGCUUCGUCCGCAUCGGGAAGUGGUUUGUCAAACCCUACGAGAAGGACGAGAAGCCCAUCAACAAGAGUGAGCACCUAUCCUGCGCCUUCACCUUCUUCUUGCACGGCGAGAGCAACGUAUGCACCAGUGUGGAGAUCAACCAGCAUCAGCCCGUCUACCACCUGACGGACGAGCACCUCACGUUGGCUCAGCAGGCGUCCAGCCCCUUCCAAGUCAUCCUGAGUCCUUUCGGCCUGAACGGGACACUCACCGGCCAGUCGUUCAAGAUGUCAGACCCGCCCACGCAGAAGCUGAUUGAGGAGUGGAACCAGUUCUAUCCCAUCAGCCCCAGCGCCAAGGAGAGUGCGUCGGAGGACAAGGCGGAGGACAUGGACUGGGAGGAUGAGUCUCUUGCCUCUGUGGAGGUCCUCGUAGGUGGUGUGCGGAUGGUGUACCCAGCAUGCUUAGUGCUGGUGCCCCAGUCAGAUAUCCCAGUUGUGGCCCCUGUGGGGUCCUCGCACUGCACUGCCGUCUACUCGGGUGGCCACCAAGUGCCUGCGUCCCAGCGAGAGCCCGCCAUGUCUCUGGUGACCCUCACCCCUCCCACAUCGCCUGAGGAGGCGCAAACAGUGGACUCUCACUCGGCCCAGAAGUGGGUGAAAAUGCCUUCCUCAACGGAUGCGUUCAGUUUGGACAGAACGAGUCAUCAUGGAGGCAAGAUCCCUCGCCGGCUAGCCAGUCAUGUGGUGGAGCGCGUCUGGCAAGAGUGCAAUAUCAACCGAGCACAGAACAAGCGGAAAUUCUGCGCAGCGACCAACGGUACCUGUGACGAGGAUCUGGCCGAGAAAGUGGGAGCCUGGGAUUUUGUGGAGCCUUCCCAGAGGUCGUACUGCAGCUGCUCCAGAUACAAAUCAGUGAAGCAGCGAGCAGGCAGCACCCCCGGACAACCUCAGUCUGCAGGACAACCCACCCAGCCCGCUACCAAGCACAAAGCCGGGGGAGAGAAGCCGGAGAAAGGUGACAAGCAGCUAAAAAGACCUCAGACGCCGUUCCAUCAUCGCAGCCUGGCCUGUGACGACGCUUCACUAGAGACGGAGACUUCAGCCGGACAAAGGUUAGCCAUGAGAGGCCAGGACGGAGGAAGAUUCACUACUAUACGAUCAACGGAUGUCUCUACCAUACAAAAAGCCCCCCAGCUACACAGUGGGGUCAACACAGGAGCGUCUGAACACACCAACUCCCCACAACCCCCACCACUUAGCCCCCACCCCUGCGAGCGUAGCGAGGAGUCAGGGGAGGGCAUGAAGAACCCUUCAACCCCCAACAGUCAACACUUUUACCAGCCGCCCCCAGAGCCCUGUCUAGUCGGGAUGAAGGGUGGCGGCGAGGAUCCCGGAGGUCAAGAAGGUCUAAGUCAGCACUUCCACUCGCAUCACUCCCACCCCGGAGGUUCGACCUACUCCGAUCCUCCUGAACCCAGCAUGUACGUGGGCACGGCGGUCAACCUGGAGGAGGACAGCUCACACGCACCGUGGCGGUUAUUCAACCUCCCACGCAGGAAAGAAGCCGAGAUGCAGACGCCGCUGCUGCCCGGGGACAAACUGAGGGAAGACGCCUCGGCAUCACAGGACAACGUGGUGUCAGUUACAGAGGUGAUGUCCACAUCUAAAUGGCCUCUGAAGGUGUCUGAAGAACGGCUCCAGAUGUAUCGAGCCAGGAGGAACCAGUACCUGUCUGCUGCCAUCACCGACGGAGACCACGAGCCGGAGGUGGACCCCUACGCCUUCGAGGAAGGAGAUGUGAAGUUCACAUUCUCUAACAAGAAGGAUAAGGGAGGAGGGGAGCGCGAGCCAGGCAAGAAACAUAAGGGUGAAGAUGGAGGAACAGGGCCAUCGGAUGAUGCUCAGCGGGCGGCAGCUCACAACCGCAUGGCCUCCACCAGCCUGAUCCACGAGACGGACCUGGUGGUGUCCAUCGACGACCUGGACAACCUCUUCAACUCGGACGAGGACGAUCUGGCGCCCGGCUCCAGACGAACGGUGAAUGGAACGGACGAGAAAUUUGGCAGCAAGGAACCCAAGCCCUCCACGCUGGACCCGGUGUCCUGCAUCAGUUCAGCAGACCUGCACCAGAUGUUUCCCACGCCUCCCUCCUUAGAGCAGCACAUCAUGGGCUACUCUCCCAUGAACAUGUGCAGCAAAGACUACGGCAGCAUGGAGGCCAACACGGGCAUGACCAUGCUGGACGGUACCUCGGCCCUGGCAGGUCACUUCAAGAUCGAGGUGGAGGAGAGUUUCUGCAGCCCCAAGCCAUCAGAGAUCAAGGACUAUUCAUUUGUGUUCAAGCCAGAGCUGUGCCAGGCCUUCGUAGGCUGCUCCAUGUUCGCUCCUCUGAAGACAUUGCCCAGCCAGUGUCUCCCGCCCGUCAAAAUACCGGAGGAGUGCAUCUACAGGCCGAGCUGGACCAUGGGCAGGGAGAUGCUCAACCCUGUGCCUGUCAUGAACUUCCUCAACAAGGACAGUAACAUCCCCAGUGUUGGCAGCGCCUUGGAUCAGGACUACAGUCAAAGCUACACCCCUCAAACCCACACCCCCUUCAUGUCAAACAGUGCCCCACCAAGUAACAGUGGAACGGGCAUCCUGCCUUCACCCGCCACCCCGCGUUUCUCUGCACCCACCCCACGUACACCUCGAACACCACGCACGCCUCGAGGCCCCUCCAGUGUCCAAGGCUCGCUCAAGUACGAGAACUCGGACCUUUACUCACCAGCGUCCACCCCCUCCACCUGCCGACCGCUCAACUCUGUAGAGCCGGCGACUGUCCCCUCCAUCCCCGAGGCGCACAGCCUUUACGUCACCCUCAUCCUCUCUGAGUCGGUCAUGAACCUUUUCAAGGACUGCAACUUCGACAGCUGCUGCAUCUGUGUGUGUAACAUGAACAUCAAAGGAGCUGACGUCGGCGUGUACCUGAGUGACCCCGGUGGUGAGGCCCAGGAAACCUGUGGCUGCGGCUUCAGCGCCGUGGUCAACAGGCGAUACGGCAACGGCUCGGGUCUCUUCCUGGAGGACGAGCUGGACAUUAUCGGCCGCGGCUCGGACGUCAGCAGGGAGGCAGAGAAGCGCUUUGAGGAGCUGCGGCUCUCAUCGCUGGAGAAAUCUGGAGUUGGGAGGGGCGACCGAGUCCCAGAUGAGCUGAUUCUCCUCCUGAAAGAUCAGUGCACCAACCCCUUUUCACCCAUUUCAACGCUUGAGCAUGACAUCGUGAUGCGGGGGCCGAGCUGGGCUCCUGUACCGGCCUGUGUGAGGGUGGAGGAGAGGGACUACCACAGCGACUGCUACAUGGCUCUGGAGCACGGCCGGCAGUUUAUGGACAACAUGUCAGGGGGCAAAGUGGACGAGGCGCUGGUCAAAAGCACCUGUCUGCACCACUGGGAUAAACAAAACGCGGUGGACGUGAGUGCGCUGUGCUCUCAGGACGUUCUGCGGGUGCUGAUGUCCCUCCAGCCCGUUCUCCAAGACGCCAUCCAGAAGAAGAGGACAGUAAGGUCGUGGGGCGUUCAGGGUCCCCUCACCUGGCAGCAGUUCCACAAGAUGGCUGGACGGGGCUCUUACGGCACAGACGAGUCCCCAGAGCCCUUGCCCAUCCCCACCUUCCUGGUGGGUUACGAGUACGACUUUGUGGUGCUGUCUCCGUUCGGUCUGCCCUACUGGGAGAAACUGCUGCUGGAUCCUUUCGGCUCCCAGCGGGACGUCGGGUACCUGGUGGUUUGUCCUGACAACGAGGCUCUGCUCAGCGGUGCCAAAAGCUUCUUCCGUGACCUCACAGCUGUUUACGAGUCGUGUCGACUGGGUCAGCACCGGCCCAUCUCCAAAGGUUACCCUGAUGGCAUCGUCCUCGUCGGUGGCAGCGGAGCCAAGAGCCUCGUGGAUGAGCCCAUCAGUGAAUGGUUUCUAAAGGCUGCCAGCGGCAACAGCGACGCCUUCACUAAACUCAAACUCUAUGCACAAGUGUGCCGCCACAACCUCGCUCCAUACCUCGCUUCACAGCCAUUGGACAGUUCCCUCCUCAUGCAGCCCACUCCCCCAACCUCGUCCAGCCAGUCAUCAUCAUCCACACAACUUUCUAACUCCACCUCCAGCACCGUCGGCUCGGUCAACUCUGCGGGCUCCUCGGUUUCCAGCGGCAACAGCGGAUCCACAAACGGCUCUGCGUCAUCCAACAGCCUGGUGACAUCCUCGGGCCAGCCUGGCAGCGGGAUGGCGUCUGCUAAGCCAUCCUCGUUCCCCCCCUUUGGGAGCAUGAACAGCCAGGGCCAGGGAGGAGCCCCCCAGAGCGGACAGCUGGGACAGCAAGCUGGUACUCAGAACACCGGCACCUCAGGGGACAACUCCAGCAGCCAGGCCCAGGGGCCCCCUGAGCCUCCUGAAAGCACUUUGGAACGUGAAAAGAUCGGCGUGCCCACAGACGGUGAGUCGCACGCCAUCACGUAUCCACCUGCCAUCGUUGUUUACAUCGUGGACCCCUUCAGCUAUGAGGAGGCUGACGGCGGUCAGGGCCCGGUACCCGCCCACUCCAGUGUGUGGACGCUGGGUUUGCUACGCUGCUACCUUGAGAUGCUUCAGUUCCUGCCCCCACAUAUCCGCAACUCUAUCUCAGUACAGAUCGUCCCUUGCCAGUACCUCCUUCAGCCAGUGCGAGGUGAAGACCGUCACAUCUACGCCCAGCACCUCAAGUCUCUCGCCUUCUCUGUUUUCGCUCAGUGCAGACGGCCACUGCCCACCUCCACCAACGUCAAGUCACUGACGGGCUUCGGCCCGGGGUUGGCCAUCGACACAGCACUGAAGAGCCCCGAGAGGCCCGAGUGUCUGCGUCUGUAUACACCUCCGUUCAUUCUGGCGCCAGUGAAGGACAAGCAGACGGAGCUCGGGGAGACGUUCGGGGAGGCGUCGCAGAAAUACAACGUGCUGUUUGUAGGAUACUGUCUGUCACAUGACCAGCGCUGGCUCCUGGCUACGUGCACUGACCUGUAUGGGGAACUCCUGGAGACCUGCAUCAUCAACAUAGAUGUUCCCAACAGGGCGCGGAGGAAAAAGGGCUCCGUGCGACGGUACGGCCUGCAGAAGCUGUGGGAUUGGUGCUUGGGCCUGGUACAGAUGACAUCAGUCCCCUGGAGGGUGGUGAUUGGCCGACUGGGCAGGAUAGGACACGGAGAGUUAAAAGACUGGAGUAUUCUGCUGAGCAGGAGGAACCUCCAGUCACUGAGUCGCCGUCUGAAGGAAAUGUGUCGAAUGUGUGGCAUCUCCGCCUCCGAUACUCCCAGCAUCCUCAGCGUGUGCUUGGUUGCCAUGGAGCCCCAGGGAUCCUUUAUCAUCAUGCCCGACUCCGUGUCGACGGGCUCAGUGUUUGGCCGCAGCACCACCCUGAACAUGCAGACGUCCCAGCUGAACACCCCACAGGACACCUCCUGCACCCACAUCCUGGUCUUCCCCACCUCCGCCUUCGUCCAGGUGUCCAGCUCCAAUUACACCAACAUCGACCCCAACAUCGACAUCCUCAACGCCACCACGGAUGAUUCAGAUGCUAUCGGGAUCUUUGCCCUGCUGGAUCAGGAGAACGAGUUUGUGGACCCUGACAUCAUCAACAUCUCGCCCAACACUUCACCUGUGCACUCCCCUGGCUCUCAUUACCACCAUGGAGGUGAUGGCAGCAAGGGCCAGAGUACGGACCGUAUGGAGUCUCAUGAAGAGGUUCCUAACCUCCUGCAGCAGCCUCUCGCCCUGGGCUACUUUGUUUCCACGGCUAAAGCCGGCCCGCUACCCGACUGGUUCUGGUCAGCCUGUCCGCAGGCUCAGAACCAGUGUCCACUCUUCCUCAAGGCCUCUUUGCACCUCCAUGUGUCUUCAGUGCAAUCAGAUGAACUACUGCCCAGCAAACACUCCCACCCCCUCGACUCCAAUCAGACCUCAGACGUACUCAGAUAUGUGCUGGAGCAGUACAACGCCCUCUCCUGGCUGACAUGUGACCCUGCAACACAGGACCGACGAUCGUGUCUCCCCAUUCACUUUGUGGUGCUCAACCAGCUGUACAACUUCAUCAUGAACAUGUUGUAACCAACGUUCACAGGGAGAGGAUGAGUAGGGAGGGGGGGGGGGAGUGUGUGUACGGUGCAGGGGAAACAUUUUUCAGUGGAGAGGAAAUCGACGACUCCGAAGGGUGUUUCAUGGACACUGAAGAAAAACUGCAAGAACCAGACCACAUCACAGAGCUGGAUCCUGCUGCACCGAGACUGGAUUUAGACGGCUGUUUUAAGCUGAGGCGGUCCUGUCCCCCCCCCCUUCCCCCUCCCCCUUAUGGCUGUUACUGGAGGAGACAGUCCUGUCCCUGUGAUUUUAGAGACGUGCACGUAGAGACAAGGGAAUAAAGAAGACGGAGGAAUAAAUGAACGUGAGAGAAUGACAGAUUGGUUUUCAUGAUAUGUAGCAUGGCAGCACAGUCCCUGGCCAGUCUGUGUUGGAGAGAAGAGUCUAUCUGCGGAAGAAAAGGGACAUACGUGAUCAAGGAAAAACUCAAGAAUGGAUCUUUAGGUUUUAAGAUCGAAAGAUUCCUUUUUAUUCCUUUGGAUGAAAUAGUAUCCAAAAGAAAUGCCUGCAUCUAUCUUAUUUAUUGUAAGUUUUUAAAUGUAUAAUUUGUCUUAUUUCUUAACCUCUUUUAUAUAUAUAUAAAUAUAUAUAUAUAAAAAAUGGAGAAGGUUUAUAUCACCUUCUGGCUUUAAAGCAAUUGGUCUAAGAUAUAUGUAAUCGUCUUAAUUAAAAAAAACAACCAGGAAAAAAACAGAAAAAUGAACUACGGUCCCAGUAGGUUGCUUUUAGAGUAUUAUUUUUUGUAAUGGAGACAGAAUAUUUGUAUUGUUACCAUGUACAGAAGAGUCAGAGUGGAAAAUUAUGUUUUCAUGCCUUUGAGCAUGACGGACUUACAGCCAAGCUGUAGCUACAGAGGACUUGUACAGCAAUGAACUUCACUGUGUUCAAAUAAAGAGGUACAUUGUUGUAUAUAAUAUUUUAUACCACACAUUUAGACACAAAAACCAAACGGCAAUAUAUAUAAAUAAUUAUAUAUGGACGCCAUGCCAGCAGCUGGUGGUGUGGCUUCUGUUUUAGGAAUAAAGUGCGUCAUCUUA